AUGUCGAAAAAAAUAAAGAAUUUAGUUGUAGAUACAACAGCAUUUAUCAAAGCUGCAAACCUGCAAGACAUGGCUGAGAAUGUGUACACAAUACAAGAGGUAAUAAAAGAAAUCACCAACGACAGACAAAGACGAAAACUCGUAGUGUUACCGUACGAUUUAAAAGUCAAAGAGGUUUUUUCAGAACACAUAAAAUUCGUAACUGAUUUCUCGAAGAAAACCGGAGACUACACAAGCCUUUCUGCGACCGAUAUUAAGGUUAUAGCUUUGACAUAUCAGCUUGAAAAUGAAAAAGUCGGUGCAGAUCAUUUAAAAACUGAACCUACAAUGCAGAGAACUGUGAAAGUCACUGGAAUAGCUAGUUUUAAUCCUGAACCAGAAAAUAACGAAGAAGAUAAAGGUGUUGAUAUCAACAAUACAUCUCUGAAGUCUGAAUUGUCAGGAAGUACAGAUACGGAGUCAAAUGAAAAUACUCAACUGGAUAACACAUGUGAAGUCUCUAGUACAGAAGGGCUUACACCAAAGUUAAAAGAUAGUAAUGAACAUACUGUAGAGAUCACAAAUCUAAUACAAAAUAUAGAUUUGAAAGAUGAUGAGAUAAAUAAUGUACUGGUGACAGUAGAGUCCGAAGAUGAAGAAGAAUACACUAGUGAAGAAUCUGAUAGUGAUGGAGGGGAAUGGAUCACACCAGGGAAUCUUGCACAAAAGAAAAAAGAAACAGAACUAGGAGAAUUCGAAGAAAAAGAGGUUGAAGUUGCUUGUAUUACAUCUGACUUUGCAAUGCAAAAUGUUCUAAAACAAAUUGGGUUACACGUAACUGCAAUUGAUGGAAGAGUAAUAAAACAGCUAAGGACUUUCAUUUUUCGAUGCACAACCUGUUUCAAGACCACAAGUGUUAUGACAAAGCUAUUUUGUCCUAAAUGUGGUCAUGCCACACUGAGGAAGGUAGGAGUGAGCAUUGAUGAGGAAGGCAAUCAGCACAUACACAUUAAUGGUCGUAAACCCCUUACAGCAAAAGGCAAAAGAUUUAGUUUGCCCACACCAAGAGGUGGACAACAUUUUCAAUAUCCAAUUCUUACUGAGGAUCAACAUAUUCACAAAAGAUUUGCUACUAAACUAGCUAGAAACAAAACAAAUGCAUUAGACCCAGACUACACUGCUGGCUUUUCACCUUUUGCCAUGAAAGAUGUCAAUUCUAAAUCUGCUGUUUUAGGUGUAAGGGCAAACAAACAAGAUUUAAAAUAUUGGAUGAAACAUUACUCAAAAGGAAAGAAAACGUAA